UUCCGAGAUGGCUCGUACUAAGCAGACUGCUCGUAAGUCCACCGGCGGGAAGGCGCCUCGCAAGCAGCUGGCUACCAAGGCGGCGAGGAAGAGCGCUCCGGCUACCGGCGGCGUGAAGAAGCCUCAUCGCUACCGCCCGGGCACCGUCGCCCUGAGGGAGAUCCGCCGCUACCAGAAGUCUACCGAGCUGCUCAUCCGCAAGCUGCCCUUCCAGCGCUUGGUACGCGAGAUCGCGCAGGACUUCAAGACCGAUCUUCGCUUCCAGAGCUCGGCCGUGAUGGCUCUGCAGGAGGCCAGCGAGGCUUACCUGGUGGGGCUCUUCGAGGACACCAACCUCUGCGCCAUCCACGCCAAGCGAGUCACCAUCAUGCCCAAGGACAUCCAGCUGGCCCGACGCAUCCGCGGAGAGCGGGCGUAAAAAAGGACUCGAGAGAACGCCGCUCCGUUUCAGAAACCCAAAGGCUCUUUUAAGAGCCACCAAAUUCUCUUCCGAAAGCGCUGAUCACGCCUAAUGUAUUUGAGUCGAAUAUCCGAGAUAACACCGAAUAUACUAGCAGAUAGCCAGUAAUUUUGGUUACUCGAUUUAGUGUUGGCAUCUGCUUCCACCCAUUUAAAAAUUGGAGAUUGAAGCCGAUUAUUUGACAUGGGUUUAACUAAAUUUGGCCAAUUAGUGUAAAACAUGGCUUAGCAAUAUCAAAUAAACAUUUCAACUAUAUCGGAACCCGAUAAAAUAUAAAUGUUAAAAUAUCUGGCUUCCCCAAAGGAUAUUAAAAUG